AUGGCGGACCUGAGCAACGUCCCCUCUAGACGUUACAAGAUCUUCAACAACAAGAAAGAGGCGAUCAAGAUACCCGCUUCGCAUGUCCUGAAGCACCCGACUUUUGAGGAGCACUUCACCAGAACCAGCCGUUCAAGGACCCGACGCCUUGAAUCUGGACGUUGCUCAUGCAUCAUCGACAUCGUCACAGUAUUCCUGCGCGAUGGCAGGUUCUACAACCUGCAUACCGGCCAGUGUCGUUGCAUUUUCGCAGACGACAUACCCAAAUUUGCCAAGGGCAUGAGACCUGCAGACGUCCUCUGUCUCAAGCUGAUGUAUGGGGCACCCGUGACGCCAGAGGCUGAUGGGACACCUGACGAUCCUCAGCUCUCGAAUCAUGAGAGUCUCCGUCAGGACCUGGCUCAAUUGGUCAUGUCUUUGGCCGAUUAG